ACGAAAUGUGAUACGUAAAUCGAAACCCGUACGAUAACAUGUUCUGAUUUAUAUUUUUGAAUUGUUUACUCCGGUAUGAAUUAUUAUAUUUAUGUGAUACGACGAACUUUGUGCUUUUGUUAUUCGAUUGAAAUUCCCAAUUUUUUGUUUGGGUGGUGCCAUUUUAUGAAAGGAAAAAAAAGUCCAAAUGCUUUUAGGUUUUUGAAAGUGAAAUGAUGACCAACUUUUUCAUUCUGCAUACAAUUUAUGUAAAUCUAAAUCAAUGAAUUAACGAAAAUUUCAUUUGGCCAUGCAGUAUCGCAAAAUCGAUGUGUGUGUAUGAUGAUUUAUUUAAAAUAUGUGCGAUAUGAUCAUCGAGAGGUAGGGAUGUCGUGUUAAAACGAAGAUGCGCACUGUCCGAAAGGUGCGGCAACAUCCGUAUUGAUUAGUAUGAAAAGCAGAAAUUAAGCGAUACAAAUUCAUGAUCAUCAUCUUUUCGGAAGGAAUAUCGCUGCGCAAAAAUAUCAUCACAUUCAGUCUGACGGCCGAUAGCCACAUUUGAAGACGUGCCGUAAAGAGAAAACAUACAAAUUUUAUUUACACACCUGAGCAUCUGAAUUGAAAUAGCAGUCAAGGUCAAGAAGUCAACAUGCCGCGCCAACGGAACGAGAUUGUGAAAGAGUCAUCAUGCUGGCAAAAUCGAAGUUUGCUAGAGAAAACACUGUUGGUGUUUUGCAUUUUUGCUGUCAUCGCAAUUCUUGCAUUAUCUUUGUCACUUUACGUGCUGAAUUUGGGAAAAGAACGUUACGACACAAAAUUGAAUCAAGCUGAAGCAUUGCGAAAUGCUCGACAAUUGGAUCAACCUUACGCAAAAACAUCUCCGGAUAUGCAAUGGCGUGAUGGACAAACAGCACCACCAUCAUCGCCAGAAUUAUCCGACAGACAAUCAACACAAUCCAUUGAUGGACAAAUACAAAUUGGACAAAACCAAGAUGCAUCAUUCCCAUCCACUCAAGAUGGUCAUUCACAACCGGCUCAAUACGUCAGCAUCGGAGAAUCACAACCAAAACCAGCUCCAGUGUGUGAAACACCAGGAUGUGUUAAGGCCGCUUCCAACAUUCUCAAGCAACUCGACGAAGUUAUCGAUCCAUGUGACAAUUUCUAUGAAUUCGCUUGCGGAAACUACAUAAAAGAAACAAUGUUGCCCGAAGACAAAACAUCAGUCGAUCCAUUCGAUAAAGUUCGUGAUUUGGUUCAAGAACAAUUACGAACCAUUAUCAAUGAACCACCGCUGCCAAACGAAUCGAAACCAUUCAAAUUGGCAAAAAAUUUCAAUUUGGCCUGUUUGAAUAAAACCAACAUUGAAGCACAAGGUACUAAGCCGUUGGCGGAUAUUUUGGAAUCAUUUGGCGGUUGGCCGGUUGUUAAGGGCAAUUCAUGGUCAGAUGCCACAUGGGAUUGGGUUGAAGUUAUCAAGAAAUUCAGACGCAUGGGUCUUCCAACAGCAAUCAUUUUCAACUUUGAUAUCAACACCGAUUUGAAGAACAGUAAACAACGCCAAUUGUAUAUUGACCAAACGGAUCUGGAAUUGGGACGUGAAUAUUUGAUUGAAGGAAUCGAAAACAAAGCCGUUAAAGCUUAUCACAAGUUCAUCGUUGAUAAUGCCGUUAUUUUUGGUGCCGACCAAAAAAAAGCCGAAGAAGAAUUGAAAGACGUGAUUGAGCUUGAAAUUAAACUUGCAAACAUUUCACUCUCACGCGCCGAACGUCGUAAUGCCAGUCUUUUGUAUCACCCAGUGACAAUACGUGAACUACAAGAAUCCUACCCAUAUUUGAACUGGUUGGACUACAUCAAUGCAUUGUUGCCAUCAAACUUGCAAGUUGAUGAGAAUGAAAUUUUGAGCAACACUGUACCGAAAUUUUUCGAGCAAUUGGGUGACAUUCUAAGUUCAACACCAAAACGUACCAUGGCCAAUUAUUUCUUGUGGCGUGUUAUUCUCGCCACAUCUGGAACAUUGACACCAGAAUUGCGUCAACACAAAUUACAGUUCUAUAAAACGGUGUACGGUUUGCAGGGCGAACAGCCUCGCUGGAAAGAGUGCAUACAAUUUUCAUCCGAAAGCUUGCCAAUUUCCGUGGGUGCAUUGUAUGUGCGUAAAUAUUUCAGCGAUGAAUCAAGAAAAACGGCCGUUGAGAUGGUAGAAAAUAUACGUGAUGAGUUCGUGAAUAUUUUGAGUGAAAUUGACUGGAUGGACGAGAAGACUCGACAGGAAGCCAUAAAGAAGGCAAAAGCACUUACCGCUCACGUUGGUUACCCGAACGAGUUGGCUGACAACAACAAACUCGAGGAUUACUACCAAAAUCUGGAAAUUGAGCCGGACAAUUUGCUCUUGAACACGCUGCGCUUGAACGUAUUCAACGCUGACCAUUCAUUCAGUAAAUUGCGUAAACCAGUGAACAAAACUGACUGGGAGACACAUUCAAAACCAGCCGUGGUUAAUGCAUACUAUGCAUCGCUUGAAAACAGCAUCCAGUUCCCAGCUGCGAUCCUCCAAGACGUUUUCUUCUCAGCUGAUCGGCCGCGCUACAUGAACUACGCAAGUAUCGGAAGUGUUAUUGGGCAUGAAAUUACACAUGGAUUCGAUGAUCAAGGGCGUCAAUUUGAUUUAGAUGGCAAUUUGGUUGAUUGGUGGGAUCCAGAGACAAACAAACAAUUUUUGGAGAAGGCACAAUGCAUCAUCGAUCAAUACGGCAACUACACCGAUCUGAAAGCAAACCUUUCGUUGAAUGGAGUGAACACGCAAGGAGAGAACAUCGCUGAUAAUGGUGGUACCAAGGAAUCGUACAUUGCAUACAACAAAUGGGUGCAACGCAACGGACCUGAAGGCACAUUGCCCGGUUUAAAAUACAAUCAAAAGCAAUUGUUCUGGAUCUCAUUCGCCCAAUCACGUUGUACGGUUGCUCGUGAUGAAUUCACGAAAAACAAAAUCCUUACCGGCUUCCACGCACCCAACGAAUUCCGUAUUGUUGGUGUCUUGAACAAUAUGCCUGAAUUUGCGUACGACUUCAAUUGCCCCGAAGGAACCAAAAUGAAUCCGACACAUAAGUGCAAAGUUUGGUAGUCCAUGGAAAAGCAAAAGAAAAAAAAGAAAACAAUGGCGAAAAGUUGUUUUAACUUUCAACUCAAUAGCAAACCAUUAUGUUGGAAAAAUUAUUUGUCCAAAUAAAAAGGAAAAAAAAAACAACAGAAAAAAUCAAUGGAAA